AUGGCCAUGGCGUCGCGCUCCGGCAAGCGCGUCCGCACCGAGAGCGACGGCAACGGCGGUGAGGAGGGCGAGCCCGUGGCGGUCGCUGCCGGCUUCGAGGCACCCAUCUUUGGCGCGCGCACCGUCGGCCAGGUCACCACGCUGGAGCUCGAGGGCGAGGACGGACCUCUGGCGUCCCUCAGCCUGCGCGGCGUGGCAAGCGAUCACGCGGGUGCCUGGUACGUCGCGGCUGAGGACUCGUUCCUGCACGUCUCGGCGACCGGGCGCGUGCGCAGCAUAGCAACCCUCGAGGACGAAGGCUUCUAG